UCCAGAAAUUAGGUUGGAGGCGGGCGGGGGCAGGGCCUGCCGUGCGUUCUCGCAGGAAGCAGCAUCGGGGACCAGUCUGGGGUGAUCUGCCUCUAACUAGAGGAGCCUGAGCAGCGUUGGGGGAGAGUCCGGGGCGUGGCCUGAAGUGGAUUUUACCGGUGGGGGUGGAGCUGGCAGCGAGCCCGGGGCGGGGCCUGCGGUGAGCCUCCGCUGUACAGGCUGUAGCGCUGCGCGUUGGGUGCUGUGGAAGUCGCUGACUCACGCACAGUUAGACCGCGAGAGGGCCUGGCAGGCGGCUUCGGGCUGUUGAAACUCCCACAGACCAAGAGCCCUGGUGAGGGCAGGGAUCUUUCCCACACCCUCAGUGCCCUGCCCCUGCCCUUGAGUUGGAUCCACCUGUCCAGGUGCUCUCUCACCUCUACUCAUGGCGCCUCUGCUUGCCCUGCUCCUGGUGGCCCUGAUGGGCCUGCCUCUUGCUCAGGCCCUGGACUGCCACGUGUGUGCCUACAAUGGAGACAACUGUUUCAACCCCAUGCGCUGCCCAACCAUGGUUAGAUACUGCAUGACCACGCGUACCUACUAUACCCCAUACAGGAUGAAGGUGAGCAAGUCAUGCGUGCCCAGCUGCUUCGAGACCGUAUAUGAUGGCUACUCCAAGCAUGCAUCCACCACCUCCUGCUGCCAGUAUGACCUUUGCAAUGGCGCUGGCCUUGCUGCCCCAGGAACCCUGGCCUCGGCCUCCAUUCUUCUGGCCACCAUCUGGGGUUUGAUCUAAGUUCUGCUCCCUGAGGCAGAC